AGCCACAUAGAGAGAGUAGUAGGAGGCACGGCUAACUCUUUGUACCGACCAGAAGCUGCACCGAUUGGGUGCCAGACAAAUGAUUUGACCUUCAGCGAACCGGAGGGUUGAUCUCUACCGUUCUGACGCUUUCAACACAACAUACCGGACUCGAAGUGGAUAAUUUUAUCGCGUUUGCUCGUUUUAUUUUAGAGACAUUUUUAUUUGUUAGCAAGAGGUGGCCACGUCCUUGAUUUUCUGGCCUCGCGGUUUGGAAAAACCUAACACAUAGUGAGUGGUUUUACCCAGGAAUGGAUACUGGAGUUGUCACUGAAAAGAAAAGGGUGAGCUCGGAGCGCAGGAAGGAGAAGUCCAGGGAUGCAGCGCGAUCUCGCAGGGGAAAGGAGUCCGAGGUGUUCUACGAGUUAGCGCACCAGCUUCCCCUGCCACACAAUGUCACCUCCCACCUGGACAAAGCCUCCAUCAUGAGGCUGGCCAUUAGCUAUCUGCGCAUGAGGAAGCUGCUCAUCUCUGAUGACACAGAGAAAGAAAAUGAGCUGGAGAGUCAGUUGAACGGCUUUUAUCUGAAGGCCCUGGAGGGUUUCCUCAUGGUCCUAUCUGAGGAUGGAGACAUGGUUUAUCUCUCUGAGAAUGUCAGCAAGAGCAUGGGCCUUACACAGUUCGAUCUGACCGGUCACAGCGUCUUUGAAUUUUCACACCCAUGUGACCAUGAGGAGUUGAGAGAGAUGCUGGUCCAUAGGAUGGGAUCCAAAAAGACCAAGGAACAAAACACAGAGCGCAGCUUCUUCCUGCGUAUGAAGUGCACACUCACUAGCAGAGGACGUACUGUCAAUAUCAAGUCUGCUACGUGGAAGGUUCUUCACUGCGCUGGUCAUGUCCGUUUGCAGGAGCGCAGCGAGAGUUCGGGAGACUCUGGCUUUAAAGAGCCCCCUCUGACUUACCUUGUGCUCAUCUGUGAGCCCAUUCCUCAUCCCUCAAACAUCGAGGUGCCUCUGGACAGCAAGACCUUCCUUAGCCGUCACACUCUGGACAUGAAGUUCUCGUACUGUGAUGAAAGGAUCACAGAGCUGAUGGGAUAUGAGCCGGAUGAUCUGCUGAACAGGUCAGUGUACGAAUACUAUCAUGCCCUGGAUUCAGAUCACCUCACCAAGACACAUCAAAACCUGUUCGCUAAGGGCCAGGCUACCACAAGCCAGUACCGCAUGAUGGCUAAGAAAGGUGGUUUUGUUUGGGUGGAGACUCAGGCCACCGUUAUCUACAACCCCAAGAAUUCACAGCCACAGUGCAUUGUGUGCGUCAACUACGUUCUCAGUGGCAUUGUGGAGGGGGACGUUGUCCUGUCACUGCAGCAGACCAUGACAGAGCCCAAGGCUGUAGAGAAAGAGAGCCAGGAAUUGAAAGAUGUGGAUGGACAUGUGGACAUGCUCAAACUCUUCAAGCCAGAUAGCCUCAAGUGUCCCGUGGAGAGCUCUGACCUUUAUGAGAAGCUAAAAGCGGAGCCUGAGGCCCUCACUGUGUUGGCGCCUGCAGCAGGAGACACCAUCAUCUCUUUGGACUUCAACAACUCAGACUCUGACAUGCAGCCGCUGAAGGAGGUGCCCCUCUACAAUGAUGUCAUGCUGCCCUCCAGCAGUGAGAAACUGCCCAUCAGUCUGUCUGCUCUGACACCCAGUGACUCCAGCCCAGUUCUGUCCAAACUAGAGUCCGGAGCAGAGGACUUCCCUUUCAGCUCUGCCUCUGAUUGUGUUCCAGACUCCACAAACAAACUCUCCACAUCUGGACUCAUCUCCUCGGGGCCCAACAGCCCCAUGGAUUACUGUUUCCAAGUGGACUCCGACAUCAGUUCUGAAUUCAAACUGGACCUGGUUGAAAAACUGUUUGCUAUUGAUAACGAAGCAAAGACCCCCUUUUCCUCCCAGGCCAUGGGGGAUCUCGACCUAGAAAUGCUGGCUCCAUACAUCCCAAUGGAUGAUGACUUCCAGCUGCGCAUCCCCUCUCCACUGGAUCCGCUCCCCUCCAGCUCUCUCUCUGUUUCAGCCAUGAGCUCCCUGUUCCAGCCCUUACCCUCACCUGCAUCUCCAGCCUCUUCCUCCAGCAGCGCAGUGACACAGGACCCAUCAUCACAGGCCCCUUCACCUCUGCAUCAGCUGCAGGAGGUGUGCAGCGCUCCUGUCUCGCCCUUCAGCGGCAGUCGGGACACUUCCCCGGCUCGAUCCCCCACCCCACAGAGCAGCAAUCAGCUCAAUAACAGAGAGCUGUCUCCAAAGAUGUUAGCCAUCCAGAAUGUCCAACGUAAGAGAAAGCUGGAAGUGACAUCUCUUUCUGAGGCUGUUGGACUGGGUGCUUUGCUUCAGAGUGUGGACAGUGCUAUAGAGCCUGGAAAAAGGGCAAAGGUUGUAGAAGUUAAAGGAUCGAGUGUGCUCGGGGGGAACAAAACCAUUCUUAUACUGCCCUCUGAUGUGGCCAGUCGUCUGUUGUGCAGUUCUUUAGAGAGCAGCGGCGGGCUGCCUCAGCUAACACGUUAUGACUGCGAAGUCAACGCUCCUGUGCAGGACCGCCAUCAUCUGCUCCAGGGAGAGGAGCUCCUGCGUGCUCUGGACCAAGUCAACUGAACUCUGCUGUGUUUAGCCAUUCUGGACAUUGCAUCCCUCUCUCGCCCCUUGACCCCCACGAUCCCUGAAAUCUGCCUCCAUAUGUCUCCUUUUAUUCCGAACCCCAUUUAUUCUCUAUAAACCCCAGUGUUUUAAAAAUGUAAUAAAUGACCUGCACCUUCUAUUGAUCCCGUCAGUGAUGCGAAGAGGAGCCCAGAGGGAGUCCAUCCAUCCCAGUGUGUAG